GUGUCAAUCAGUGACAAUAACAUGCACACUUCCACAUUGAAUUUAAGGUUAAAACAGUUUCAGAACAAAUUUUCAUUAACACGUAACUUUUUCGGCACAUUUUGACUAUCGAAGUGAAACUACAUUGAACACAGCAUUAUCGCGGAGAUAUUUUUUAAACCUAGACUUAGCAUAGGCCAGCAUGUCGUUACCGAAGCGGUCGUCGAAACACCAGCCACUCGGCUAUAAGGAACUGCAGAAGGUGGAGGAGUUGUAUCCCGUCGUCAUGGGUGCACCCAAUCAGCAAAUUACUCCUUGGAACGACGUAGAUCGCCAGUUGCAGGACGGAAUGGGCGAGUUGCAGCUUAUGUUUAAUCGACUGGCACCGCCGCCAUCGUCGGGCAAAUUCAAUCCUAACAGAUCCAAUCCGAUUAUACAUAAUUUGGAUGAAAGACCACUGCCAAUUGUCACGGGAUCAUGGGGCCAGGUGAAGAAAACCCACACGCGUAAUCCGAUCCUGAAUCCAGAAAAUUGUGUACCAGAAAUCGAAGAAAAGCCAGAGCGGGCUGUGCAGCUAAUCGAAGAGGAUCUUCCGGCGCAGGAAAUGGACGCGAGAACCCGCUUGCUGGCCAUCAGGUUCUUCAAUCUAAUGCUGGCAAAGCUAUGGCGUCGGCGAAGGGCCGAAGUCUGCGAUCUGCACACGCUAGUUCGCAAGUACCAAGUUCAUGCCGCUCGCACCCAAACAGAGCUGUUCACGCGCAACCAAAUGAUCUGCUCGGAGCAGCGACGUGGGGAGCAGCUGAACAAUCAGCUGAUGAGGGCCAUCAGUCGCGUCCGCGUGACCAUGCAAAGCUGCGCCGAGCUGGACAACGAACUGCAGCAGCUGAGGAUCCGGGAAGCGUCGCUGAGCAACGAGCUAGCCUCCAAGUCGCUGGAGUGCGAAUAUUUCGCUGAAAUGCUCGACAGCUUCCGCACCGAUAUGUUUCGCGAGCUGACCAAUUAUCGCAAGGGAGCCGCCGAAUUGGCCAACCAACAGCGGCGCGCACUCGAAUUGGAGUAUGAAAACGCCGAGCUGGAGGAUCAACUGCUAACGAUUAAGGAUCAGUUUCUGCAGCAGAACGACCAAAUGUCGGUGGCGCUUGGCGAGAAACAGCAGCAACUGGACGCCGCCUAUGAGACACUAAAGCACUACGAACAAGAGCUGGUCCAACUGGAGAUAAAGUACCAGGAGAUGCUGAGCCAAACGGGACUGGAAGUCGACCUGCAGAGGGAGGUCUCGAUUUUAAAGAAGAACAUGAGCGUUCCUCGCUGUCUAAUCUUCUACCUGACUGCCUGCAAUUGGGGGACUUCUCAUGGUUGCGUUUACCACGUGGUGGCCGGCACACUCGACUGUCUGGCGCCCGCGUAUUCCACACCCCCGAUGACUAACAAUUUACUCAGAAUGGGCAUGGCCGCCAUAUUCCUGCUUUAUGCCAUGUAUUGAUUUGUCUGACGGAUGUGAGAAGGACCUCUGGCGACGCAAACAGGUCUUGCAAGGAUAACGGAGGAGUUUAUUAGCAAUCCCAGUAGGUAGGGGGAUCUUGUGAAUAUUUCACAACACACUGCCACAAAUUUAUUGCGAAUAUUAGAUAACUUUUUUGUUUCAUUUUGCCACGGUAUUACCAAAACGAAAAAAAAAUGUAGAAUAAAAUUUUGUACUAGUCUUAAACUUCA